GGGCCCGGGGGCGGGGCUGCGGGAGCCGGCAGCGGGCGGCUCCGGGAGGCGGCAAAGGACACGGAGCUCCGGCCAAAGCUGCGUGUCCCCAGGUGGGAGCAGCAGCAAGGGAGAUGCUCCAGGUGCCCGUGCUGGAAGCAGGAUGAACCUCGUGGCGAUGGCGACCGAUGCCGAGCUCCAGUGGGUGUCCCUGUGGCUGCGUGUGCGGUGGGCGGCCGUGCUGGUGCUGCUGCUGAGCUCCCUGGUGAUGCUGCUGCUGCCGCUGGCUGCCGUGGACAACCAGUGCCACGCCGUGCUCAAGGGGCUGUCCUUCCUGAGGAGUAAACUGGGCUCCUCCUCGGGAAUCGCCAGGUUCACGGGACAGAGCACGGAGCUGAGUGUCACCUCCAAGGGGCUGGAGCUGCUGGUGCUGAAGGGAAAAGCCUCCCCAGAGGUGAAGCUGGAAGCCAGGGCAGCUCUCAAUCAAGCCCUGGAGAUGAAGCGCCAAGGGAAGCGGGAGAAGGCCCACAAGCUCUUCCUGUACGCCCUCAAAAUGGACCCGGAUUACGUGGACGCCCUGAACGAGUUUGGGAUCUUUUCCGAGGAGGAAAAAGACAUCCUGCAGGCCGACUACCUGUACUCCAAAGCCCUGACCAUCUCCCCCCACAACGAGAAGGCUCUGAGCAACCGUGGCCGGACGCUGCCUUUGGUGGAGGAGAUCGACCAGAGGUACUUCAGCAUCAUCGACAGCAAGGUCAAAAAAGUGAUGGCCAUUCCCAAAGGGAAUUCCGCCCUGCGCCGGGUGAUGGAGGAAUCCUACUACCACCACAUCUACCACACGGUGGCCAUCGAGGGGAACACGCUGACGCUGUCGGAGAUCCGGCACAUCAUCGAGACCAGGUACGCCGUCCCCGGGAAGAGCCUGGCGGAGCAGAACGAGGUGAUCGGCAUGCACGCGGCCCUCAAGUUCGUCAACACCACGCUGGUGUCGCGCAUCGGCUCCGUCACCAGCAGGGACAUCCUGGACAUCCACCGGCGCGUGCUGGGCUACGCCGACCCCGUGGAGGCCGGGCGGUUCCGCGCCACGCAGGUCUUCGUGGGCCACCACAUCCCGCCCCACCCGCAGGACGUGGAGAAGCAGAUGGAGGAGUUCGUGCAGUGGAUGAACUCGGAGGACGCCAUGGGGCUGCACCCCGUGGAGUUCGCGGCGUUGGCGCACUACAAGCUGGUUUACAUCCACCCCUUCGUGGACGGCAACGGGCGCACGUCGCGGCUGCUGAUGAACCUGAUCCUGAUGCAGGCGGGUUACCCGCCCAUCACCAUCCGCAAGGAGCAGCGUGCUGAGUAUUACCACGUGCUGGAGGUGGCCAACGAGGGCGACGUGCGCCCCUUCAUCCGCUUCAUCGCCAAGUGCGCCGAGACCACGCUGGACAUGCUGCUCAUCGCCACCACCGAGUACUCCGUGGGGCUGCCCGAGGCAGGGGGCACUGCUGGCUGCAAGCAAACCAUCCCCGUCAAGACCUGAGGGGGUUUUUUGGGCAAUUCGGGAGCUGGUGAAGCUGUGGGAGAGCAGAACUCCACGGUGCUCAGUGUUACUGCUUGGGAAGUGACUGGACAGGAGGUGUCACUUGAGCGUUUGGUUUAUUUAAAGUGUCUUACGUUUGAUUAAAUUAAUGUAAUUUAUUUAUAUACGUGAUGCCAAACGGAACUGGGGAUGGUGGAUGUGUACUGGAAGGAGGUGGGGAGAGAUGUCAGAGGGCUCAGAAAGGUGAACUAAAAUUGAAUUUCUCCUUCAAAUUAAGCUUUGAGGAGCUGCUUCAAUCACAACUCUUCACCCACGCAGUCAACUCUACUGUGUGACCUCAGCAAAGUCUAAACUGAGUUGGGUUUGUGCUGCCUCUUCCCUGUGGCUCCAAAACACAUCCCUGAAGGAACAGCACUGUCCCAGCUGUGUGCAUCAGACACUCUGGUGUCAGUCACACAGGUACUGAGCAGGCAGGGGGCUCAACUCCAGCCCUAAAGCAUCUCUCCCCUCCCAUUUCUGUAUCUGUGGCACUUUGCAUGUUUACUUCCAGCUGCCUUUCCUGGGGUCAGUUCUGUACAAGUGGGAAGCGUCUGGUUUGGAAUUACAGGUCACAGGAGUGGAACAGGAGGAGAAAAGCUCUGACUUACUUGGGGGAGAAGGACUCAGGAAAGAGCUCAGCCAACAGGAGCCCUGGGAAAGCACAGCUGUCCUUAGACAUUUCAGUGGAGGGGUUGGAAGGAGGCUUGUCUGCAGAACUGUGGGCAGAAAAGGUCAUCAGGCAGAGCCAGGAGACACCAGCUGUGCCAAAUUGGGAAGAAUGUGCACAGGAAGUUUGCCAAAAACUUCAUUUUCUUUAGUCUAGGUAAGGGAACGUUCACAAUUAAUCACUGGUCAUGUCAUUGCUCUGAUAAAUGUGUCAAGAAUCACCUGAGGCCUCUGUGUGCUGCAGGGGCAGUGCAGUGCCUGGAGCUGCUGAGCAGUUCAAAGAAUCCCUUUUUCCUUGGUUUUUAAGGUAAAAGUACCCACAGAUCUCCCUACCCCAAACCUGGCGGGUGUGUAACAGCACCAUUGAUCCCACCACCUCCAAGCUCACAAAACUCCAUUUAAAAUCCCAGUUUAGGGCAUUUAACCCCUUGACAAAAGCUGCCAGGCUGUCCCAAGCUUAGUUUUCUUCCCUUUUAACUCUCUCUUACCUGACAGGGAGUUCAGGACAUGUUUUAGAGAAGCAGAAACCAGGAUGAGACUGGGAGUUCCCUGAGCACUGCUGCCAGGGAAAGCAGACAACACAGGAGGAAAGGUGUCCUGUCCUUACAAAGCAUGUUAUUUUUGUAGUGCAACCUGAGUAUAAAUAAUGCACUUUAGAGCCCUGUGGGGAGGGGAAAAAAUGUUAUUUUAGUAACAGAUUAAUAAACUAUUUUAAUAUGAAA